UAGCGAAGCAAUAAAUUUUCUGAAAAAAUUUUGAGCUUGCAAUGAAUCGAUUCAACUUAACCAGUUCAUUAUUUCUUCUUUCCGUUCUUUUAGUCGGCGAUGUAGAAUCUAUCUCCAACAGCCACGGUGAUGCAAGUUCCGAUGAUGCUGUCUCUAAUUUCCGGCCAAGCCUCGCCAUUGUCAUCGGCAUUCUCUGUGCCACGUUCGCUUUAACUCUCUCCCUAGUUGCCUGUACAAAAUUCUGCCACCGUGGAACCACCGUCGACAGCGGUGAUAACCUCCCUACAACUCUCCGUCGAACAAAAUCUGGGUUCUCCGGGAUCGACAAGAAAAUCAUAGAAUCACUCCCUUUCUUCAAAUUCUCAUCGAUCAAAGGAUCGAAACAAGGACUCGAAUGUUCGGUUUGCCUCUCGAAAUUCGAAGAUACCGAGGUUUUAAGAUUGUUGCCGCAAUGCAAACACGCAUUUCACGUCGAAUGUAUCGACGAAUGGCUUGAAAAACACUCGAGCUGCCCGCUUUGUCGCCGGAAAAUCAACGCCGACGAGCCUACAAUCUUAACGUACUCCAACAGCUUCCGGUUCUUAAGAAACGGCUCGAACUCAAACAUGGAGCUCAAAGAAGACGGUAGGUCAUCAAGAUUUGAAACCAGAACAGCGGACAUGGCCACCGACAACGGCGAUGAUCGGAGGGUGUUUCAUAAACUCAACGUGGUUUUCAAGAACCGGUGGAGCAAUUUAAGUUCUUCAGACAUUGUUUUGUUGAACUCCGAAAUGAUUAACGAUAUGUCGAACGACAUGAUCGAAAACGAGAAAAAAAUGAAGAUUAUUGAGGAUGUAAAGAUCAAAAUCAGUUCGAUCAAUGAAACCAAUACAGUUUCAGGUCCUGUUGUUGCUUCGACAUCAUCAUCAAGGAUUGUUAAUGAAGGUGAAAGAAGAUCAAUGUCGGACAUUACUGUUUUAUCGAGGUCUCGAGAUGUGAUUACGAGGAACAGAACAUGUGAGCCGCCGCCACCGUCGCGGUCUUCGUCGUUAUCGGAGAAUUAUACGAACGAGGAAACAAUAAGGCGACAAUGGUGGUCGAUUGCUAGAAGAACAAUUCAAUGGUUUUCUAACAGAGAAUUAAGGCCUCAAAAAUCUCGAAUUCAGCCAAUUUAA